AUGCACCAGGAAAAUAGAAAGAAACGGAUUCCAGGUAUUCACUCAUACCUAGCAGUUAUAGGAGAGCUUCGGCAAGAGCUUGGGAAGGUUAAUGAGUCGAUAAACGACCUCCGAGAUAAGAUAUCAGCUAUUUACAAGCAGGAGAGAGAAAACUCCCCAAAGAAUAAUUUAUACAAGAAGCUAGAAGAGCUGGGUAACGAGAUAAAGGCAUUGAAGGAGGAUAGGUCGAAAGCAUUUAACUCUAAAAACGAUGUUGUGGGAGUAUAUGAGAAUGUAAAGAGUGAGAUCCAGCCGGAAAAGGGAAAGAAAAUGAUGAGUGCACAGGAAAUCGAUGCGCGCAUGAAGGAGAUAAACCUCAAGCUGAUUUCUUCGAAAUGUGAUUCCAAAACAGAAAAGAUAUUUGAGAUGGAAAUGGAAAAUCUUAGGAAACAGAAGAAGAAUAUCGGGAUGAUGGAGCAGAAGAGCAAGCUUGCUGUAGAUAUGAAAGCCAAGCUUGAUUCGUUGAAUGCAGAGAUUAAGGAUCUGAGCCAGAAGAUAGCAGAGAGGCAGUCUGUUGUAGAUGGAAUAAAGGCUGAGCUUAAAGAGAUAAGCGACCAAGGAAAGCCUAAGAAUCCGGCUGUUGAGGGGUAUGAGAAGAACAUUCAGAUACUCAAAGCCAAGAGAAGCGAUCUUUCGGAGAAGAUAAAGGCACAACAGGAGAAGAUAAGAGAGAAGGAGGUUGAGUACGAUAAAUUCCUUGAAGAGAUGGCUAUUGCACAGGCACUUGAGAAGCAAAAGGAGGAGAUUAAACAGAGAAUAAAUGCUCUUGAGGAGCAAAAGAACAUUCUCUCUAAAGAGGAGUCGAAGCUUAAUCCUUCGAAGUUUGAUUCUAUAAUAUUUAGAAUGGGGUCUCUUAACCUGUCUGGAGAGAAGAUCAGCCUUCCUGUCGAUCUAGCUCUCUAUCUAAGUCAGCAUAAGAUUCCAAUUCCAACAUCCCCUAGUCAAGUGGAACCUACUAUUGAGACACUUAAGUCUCAGAAGGAAAACUUUGCAAACCAAGUAGUUGAAAAGAGGAAGGAAUUUGAAAGCAAGAUCUCUGACCUGGAAAGAAAGAUAUCCGAAGAGAAGAAAACUUUAAUGGAGAUGCCUCCUACUGAUAUAAAGGUGUUGAAGUUCAAGCGGGAUUAA